AUGGACUCGGGUGCUCGUGUCGUGGCAAGGUUACCGACUGGUAUUGCUGGGCCGCCAAAGUUGACGACGAACUCUGAAGUCGCGACGAUGACAUACCUACGCUCCAAAACUGCACUCCCGAUUCCGAAAGUCCUAGACUGGAGCGAUGACCCGUCCAAUGCUAUCGGCGCGGAAUAUAUCAUCCAGGAACAUGUGGCUGGUGUUCAACUGCACGAAGCUUGGCCCAACAUGAACUCAGAGCAACAUAUGCUCUGCACGAAAGCGCUUUCUCUGGCGUUGCGGAAGAUGGCCGGUUUGGAUUUUCCGGUCUAUGGGAGGGAUAGUCUGGCCGGUUAUUGCCAAGGAUUGAUAGACACCGGGUUCUCACGAUUACCAAAAAUAGAUACGGUCGAUCACGACCUCCUCCCCCAUCAGGGAUCCGUUCAAGAUCACAUACGCCUUAUCAAGAUCAGCCAAGAGGUACUGCAAAGACUGAUUAAAGACAAGCGCAUCCAAGACGCCGCGACUCCCGUCCUACUUCAUCCUGACUUUCACAAACGGAAUAUCUACGUCUCAGACAAGGACCCAACCAUCACUACCGGCCUGAUUGAUUGCCAAUCAACGAGCAUCGAACCCGCGUUCAUUUACGCCAGCGAGAUUCCUGAUUUUGCUGCGCCACCGGAGGGACCUGACGAGCACGCCUUCGAGAGCAUAGAAGACGAGCAAUCUGAACAGACAGAACAAGAUAAAGAACGAGAACGAAAAGACGCCUCCAUCUGCUACCAAACCUACGAUGUAUGCAUGAAAGGCCUCGUCCCUAAACUCCGCUCCGCCAGACUCCUAGACCCGACACUAUUUCGACUCUUCCAUUACUCCCAUACGACAUGGAGGAAUAGCGCUACGGCAAUCACCCAGGAGUUAGUAGAGCUAUCGGCUCGCUGGGAAGAACUGGGUCUGCAGGGUUCAUGUCCCUACACUCCAACGAAGGAGGAAUUGGAGAAACAUGCGCGGAAUUAUGAGGACUUUGAGACCGUACAACGCCUUAAGCUGUGGCUUAGGGAUUUCCUCAAUACGAACUCGGAUGGAUGGGUUCCUAAUGAGGCAUGGGACGCGUCGAAGGAAGCUCAUCGUGCGGCAUAUGAUGAGUGGAUUCAGACGGCUCGUGGUGAGGGGAUGACGGUUGCGAAGGCGGAUAGGUUGUGGCCGUUUGAUGCUAGAUGA